CGGUCAUGUGAUCAGCUGUGUCCAAUCACAGCUGAUCACAUGGGACAUGUACACUGAUCAUCAGGGCACUGAUGAUCAGUGUGCCCUGAUGAUCAGUGUGGCCCCAGAAGUGCCACCUGUCAGUGUCCAUCAGUGCCAGCAGUCAGUGCCACCUGCCAGUGCCCAUCAGUGCCACAUCAAUGCCACAUAUCAGUGCCCAUCUGAGCUGCCUUUCAAUGUCACCCAUCAGUGCCAGUCAGUGCCACCUAUCAAUGCCAAUCAGUGCCACCUAUCAGUGCCAGUCAGUGUCGCCUAUCAGUGCGCAUCAGUGCCGCCUAUCAGUGCGCAUCAGUGCCGCCUAUCAGUGCCAGUCAGUGCCGCCUAUCAGUGCUGCCUAUCAGGGCCAUAUAUCAAUGCCCAUCAGUGCAACCUACCGAUGCCUCCUCAUCAGUGCCCAUCAGUGCCACCUAUCAGUGCCCAUCACUGCAGCCUCAUUAGUGCACAUCAGUGAAGGAGAAAAAUCAGUUAUUUACAAAAUUGUAUAACAAAAACUAAGAAAAAACUUUUUUUUUCAACAUUUUCAGUGCUUUUUGGUUUAAGUAAAAAUAAAAA